AAAGUAACUGAAACAAACCUCUUUGGUCCCUGCAACAUCACUUUACAAAUAACAAUAACUCUCUCUCUCUCUCUUUUCUCUUAUAACACAUUAACACCAAACCAUUCAUUCAUUCAUUCAUAUCUACUCCAAAAAUGCCACCACUCCCUCCUCCUCCGGCCACCGCCGUCCCCGACGCCGUGGCCCGGCACCACACGCACGCGGUGGCCCCCCACCAGUGCUGCUCCGCCGUGGUCCAGGAGAUCGCCGCCCCCGUCUCCACCGUGUGGUCGGUGGUGCGGCGGUUCGACAACCCGCAGGCCUACAAGCACUUCGUGAAGAGCUGCCACGUCAUCCUGGGCGACGGCGACGUCGGGACCCUCCGCGAGGUCCGCGUGAUCUCCGGCCUCCCCGCCGCCGUCAGCACGGAGCGCCUCGACGUCCUGGACGACGAGCGCCACGUGAUCGGCUUCAGCAUGGUCGGCGGCGACCACCGCCUCUCCAACUACCGGUCCGUCACGACCCUCCACCCCCACCGCGCCGGCACCGUCGUGGUUGAGUCCUACGUGGUCGACGUCCCCCCCGGCAACACCACCGACGACACGCGCCUCUUCGUCGACACCAUCCUCCGCUGCAACCUCCAAUCCCUCGCCAAAUUCGCCGAAAACCUCUCCAGACCCAAACUCCAUCAACAACGAUAACUUCAUACACUAGGUUUUGAAUAUGACCUCCCAGAAAUUAAGGCGAAUGUGACGAUGGCUAGUUGUGGGGCGAUGCAACUUGCGGUAUGGGUUCUAUUCGUGCUUUCAUUUUCUCUCACUUCUUUGGGUUAAAAACAAUUCUGCACGGAUCGAUUUGUUUUCUCCCCUACAUCAUUUUUCAUUCAUGUAAAUCAAACAUACAUCAUGUGAAUAUAAUUAUGCUUCCUAUAGUUAAGGUGAAUUUUUGGAGGAGUACCUGUUGUUUGGUUAUUAUAUAUGUACUACCAUAACGUUAUCUAAAACACUUGGUCACUUUUAACAUAAUUUGUUAUAUAUU